UUCUUCAUACCUAUUGCAAGCGUCCCAGACUGUGAAGAAGGUGAUAGAGAUCAAUCCUUACCUCCUGGGGACAAUGGCUGGGGGAGCUGCUGACUGUGCUUACUGGGAGAGACAGUUAUCAUUUGAGUGUCGUAUCUAUGAGUUACGGAACAAGGAGAGGAUAUCGGUAGCAGCUGCUUCUAAACUAUUAGCUAAUAUGGUAUCUUAUUAUAAAGGAUAUGGACUAUCAAUGGGCACUAUGAUAUGUGGCUGGGAUAAAAAGGGUCCUGGUAUAUAUUACGUUGAUACUGAUGGUAACAGGUUCACUAAUAAUAUAUUCAGUGUUGGGUCUGGAUCCACUUAUGCUUAUGGUGUCAUUGAUUCAACUUAUAAAUGGAGCAUGAGUAUAGAGGAGGCGAGGGAGUUAGGGAAGAGAGCUAUCUAUCAUGCUACAUACAGGGACUCUUACUCUGGGGGCGUGGUCAACUUGUAUCAUGUGCAAGAAGAUGGUUGGACUAAAGUAUCUCAAACUGAUGUGAAGACUCUACACUAUCAAUAUGAAGAAGAGAAGAAUAAAGAAAUAAUUAAUAAUAAGAACUAUAAACUAACUAUAACUAACAAUAUAUAGUGUAUGUAACGACCCUGAUAGGUGUGAAAGAUAUUAUAAAG